GACCCUCCGGCUUACGCGGGAUUGUUUUGCUAGAUAUGUCAGCUUACAAAGGACAUCUCUCUCUUCUUUAAAAAUCUCUCCAAAAUGUCCUAUCCCAACAGCUCUCCCACUGCUAAUACGUUUUUGGUAGAUUCUUUAAUUGGGGCCUGCAGAACAGACAAUUUCUAUUCCAGCAGCAACAUGUAUAUGCCAUCCAGUGCAGAACUGGGAAGUUAUGGAAUGCAAACCUGUGGACUCUUGCCGUCUCUUGGCAAACGGGGGGAACUAAACCACCAAAAUAUUGGCAUGAACGUGCACUCGUACAUACCUCAGCUUGAUAACUGGGUAGAUCCGAACAGAUCUUGUCGAAUAGAGCAAGCGUCUAAUCAGAUGCCCAAUUGUACAUUUUCCCAGAAUAUAAAAGAAGAGAGCAACUGCUGCAUGUACUCCGACAAGAGAGCAAAGGUCAGCUCGUCCGAGAUGCCCGCGUAUUCCAAUCUGAUCUCCGAGGCGUGUACGGUGGACGGUCCAGAAAUUCCGGUCCCGGGUUAUUUCAGACUGAGCCAAACGUACACGACUGCUAAAAGCCAGGACUAUAGCCAGGAGAGCAGCACUCCGAACACGUUGAUUCAGCUGAACCGGCUAACUCCUAAGCCGCACUCUGCGUCCUUUGUCGAAGCGGAAAAAAAGGUGCCGGACAUUGAGGAGGAGGAGACGCGCAGCCCGAGACCCGACAACACGGCGAGCUCUCAGGAGGAGAAGAGCAACACUGCCGAGGCGCCUGUCUCCAGCCCGGAAUUGCCACACAAGGAAGCGAAAGAAUGCAAAACGGAUACACCGACAAGCAACUGGUUAACUGCGAAGAGUGGUAGGAAAAAGAGAUGUCCAUAUACAAAGCACCAAACCUUGGAAUUAGAAAAAGAGUUUUUAUUCAACAUGUACCUGACUCGAGAGCGCCGUCUAGAGAUCAGUAAAAGCGUAAACCUCACCGACAGACAAGUGAAGAUUUGGUUUCAAAACCGCAGGAUGAAGUUGAAGAAGAUGAGCAGAGAAAACCGAAUCCGGGAACUUAAUUCAAAUCUCACCUUUUCGUGAACAUGGAAACCAAUGCAUGCCCUGAAAGAAAUGCCCUUCUGUCUCUCUCUCUCUCUCUCUCUCUCUCUCUCUCUCUCUCUCUCUUCCUCUCUCUCUCUUUUAUAUAUAUAUAUAUAUAUAUAUAUAUUCAUGAUGGGUUAUGCUACAGCAUGAUGCUGUCGAACAUUGGACAUUUUUUUCCUUUUCUCGUUCAGAUACUGUGAUUGUUGCUAUACGUCAGAAUAGGUAGUUACUUGAUGGUAUUCAAGUAUCAUUAUAAAAAGUAUGAAUUGUGUAUAGCCAUUAUGUUUCACAGGGUAUGAAGUGGUCUUAAAUUAUGAUACGUGACAAAAACACAAAUUCGUUGUGUGUUUGUUUUCAUUGGAGACAACAUAGUGUCGCACAGGACAGCACUGAAAUUCCUUGAAAACAUGACUUUGGACCUGGAAGCACAGUUUCUGUUUUUAAGCAAAGAGUAGGCUUCCCAUCUUCUCCUCCGAAAAAAAAAAGAAAACUUUUACAUUAUGUGAAAUCUUACCAUUUAAAUUGUUCUGUAUAGUAAAUGUGAUAUGUAAUAUUAAAAUAUGUACCUCUAGUGCAUGUU